GAUGAAAAGACUCGACGAAGAUUUGGAAAAGCUGCCAUCUUUCUUACGGAUCAAGUAUCAAAAAUGACGCAACAAAAUAAACAUUUAUUUAGUUUGACUAUUGGAGAUUUGGCUGCAGAAUUCCCGGCAGAACCAGAAAAAGGGCUACGUCAUUAUUUAGCCCUUGCUUAUAAUAAUCAACCAAGUGUGCUAUUAUUGGAAAAUAUUGAAUUAUUUUUCCCAAUUAAUGGUGACAAUCCUUUACUUGCAUAUUAUUUUCGUGAAUUAUUGGAUAAGUGUUUUAAAGAAAAAGUGGCCAUUUCAAUUAUUGGAACUUCUACCAAUAUUGAUUCUAUAAGUCAAGUUGCUCGAUCAAUAUUUGAAGAUGAAAUUGAAUUUGGAACCCUAACUCCCAUGGAACGUUUAGAAAUACUAGAAACAUGUACCAAGAAUUUAGAUCUUGCUUCAGAUGUUGACAUCAAAAACAUUAAUGAUAAAUGUCAUGGAUUUGUUGCUGCUGAUGUUGUUUCGUUAUGUAGAAUGGCCGCUGAACAUAGCGAUGCUAAAAGCAUACAGCAAACUGGUGAACCAUGUGAAUUAAAAAUUUAUAAUGCUGAUUUUUUAUAUGGAUUGCAAAAAAUCCGAAUUAGUGGUUUACAAGAAAAGAAUAGUGUCCAGAAAGUUGAAUCAGUAAAAUGGUCUGAUAUUGGUGGGCUAGAAGAAGUAAAAAGCAUAUUAGAAGAAUCAGUAAUUUGGAUAUAUAAACACGUCGAUGAUUUUCGCAAUCUUGGAAUAAAACCUUCUAAUGGUGUUCUACUUUAUGGUCCACCAGGUACGGGUAAAACUCUACUAGCUAAAGCCGUGGCCACGGAGUCAUCUGCCAAUUUCAUUCCAGUUUCAAUACCGGAUUUGAUCAAAGGUGAGGUUGGAGAAUCAGAGAAAGCAAUAGCCAAUAUAUUUAAAUUAGCGCGUCGAUGUAGUCCUUGCAUAAUAUUCUUGGAUGAAUUGGAGGCCAUGUUUGGAACUAAAGAGUCCAGUGGUAGCUUUAGUAGAAAGAUAAUAUCACAGCUUUUGUUGGAAUUGGAUCAAUUAGAUUCAGUGGAUCAGGGAGUUGUUGUGCUUUCUUCAACCAAUAAUCCAAGAGCUAUUGAUCCUUCUUUAUUAAGACCUGGUCGCAUUGAUAGAUUAGUUUACAUUAAACCGCCAUCGUUUUCUGAAAGAAUUUCAAUUUUACAAAUACAAAAUGUUAAAAUGAAAUUUUCUAAAAGCGUGAAUCUUAGAGAAAUUGCAGAAAAAACAGAGAAUUUUACUGGUGCUGAUUUAAAAGCUUUAGUACAAAGGGCAGCUCUUUUGAGGCUUAAGAAAUACAAGGCUGGAGAACGACAAUUAAAUCUUGACGCUGAGCCAAGUAAUACUCGUACCUACGAUGAAAUUUUAAAAUUUGUACUUACAUGUUUUAGUAUCGGUCUUUUAAGACCAUUAGUGUCGUUGAAACCACGAUUAACAUAUCCGGAGAUUUUUCGAGGAUUUGCGUCAUUCACUUUUCAACAAACAUCAGAUCAACGAACAAUAAAAAAUAAUGAUAAAAAGGAACCCGAGACGGAUUUUGGAUUUAAAAAUGUUCCGGAAAGUAUGAAAGAAACAUUAGUUGGUCAAGUAUUCACAAAUGUAGCUUCAAAAUACGAUGUAAUGAAUGACGCGAUGAGUUUGGGUAUCCAUAGAUUAUGGAAGGAUCAUUUUAUUCGCACAAUGGCGCCUGGACCUGGCACAAAGCUGUUGGAUGUUGCCGGAGGAACUGGUGACAUAGCAAUGGGGUUUCUCAACUAUUGUAAAGAAAUUCAUGGGGAUUCGAGUGCCCAAGUUACAUUACUAGAUAUUAAUCCUAAAAUGGUUGAUGUGGGCAGAGAAAGGUUUAAAAAGACACCUUAUCAUCAGAGAAAUGCAGAGAAUCUUUCCGCAAUCCCAUCCAAUUCAUUUGAUGUUUACACAAUAGCAUUUGGUAUACGUAAUUGUACACAUAUAGAUCGUGUAUUAUCCGAAGCUUAUAGAGUGUUAAGAUCAGGUGGAAGAUUUAUGUGCUUGGAGUUUGGAAAAGUUCAGAACCCUAUUAUUUCCACGAUGUAUAAUUUAUAUUCAUUUCAAAUAAUUCCGGUACUUGGACAAGUAAUUGCAGCAGAUAGAGAUUCGUAUCAAUACUUGGUAGAAAGUAUUCAACGGUUUCCUUCUCAAGAUAAGUUUGCUGAAAUGAUAAAAAGUGCUGGGUUUACUAUCGUUGGUAACGGUUGGGAAGAUUUAACAUUUGGUGUCGCCGCUAUACAUUCUGGAUUUAAGUUUUAA